AAUCGCUCUUGUGAAGAGAAGGGGGAGAGAGGCAGAAAAACAUAGCAGACAGCGACAUAGAGGAUUUGUUUGUUUAAAAACCUCCGUCUCUAAUUUCCUGUUGUCCUUGAGUGACUGGAUCCAAGCACUGGAUCCAAGCUUCUAUAAUGGCUUCCAUAAACUGCAGAGGAUCCUGCUUCCCUAUAUUGCCAUAGUGUACCCUAUGAAGCAGCAGCAUAAAGGACAUUAUAAAGCAGUAUUGAUAGUCUAAGCUGUCAAUCAAGCACUUGCAUAAUGCCAGUGAAGACUGUAGCUGUUAUUGGGGCUGGAGCCAGUGGUUUGGCAGCCAUAAAGUGUUGUCUCGAUGAGGGACUCAAACCCACGUGCUUUGAAAAAAGUGAUGAUAUAGGAGGACUAUGGAGAUACAAGGAUCAUUCUGAAGAUGACCGGGCCAGCAUCUAUAAAUCUGUCAUCAUUAACACUUCCAAGGAGAUGAUGUGUUUUAGUGAUUUCCCAAUUCCUGAACAUUUUCCAAACUUCAUGCAUAAUUCCAAAAUAAUGGAUUACUUCCGAAUGUAUGCCGAGCACUUCAACCUUCUCGAUCACAUCCAGCUCAAGACUACAGUGUUCAGCAUUAAGAGAAGCCCGAGCUUCUCAACCACUGGCCAAUGGAUUGUCACCACUGAAAAGGAAGGACACCAAGAAGAAGCUGUGUAUGACGCUGUGCUGAUCUGUAGUGGACAUCAUACAUUUCCUCACUUACCAUUGUCUUCAUUUCCAGGGAUUGAAAAGUUUAGAGGACAAUACAUGCACAGUCGAGAUUAUAAAGUCCCCGAUAAUUUUAAAGACAAAAGGAUUGUGGUGAUCGGAAUUGGCAACUCUGGAGGUGACAUAGCUGUGGAACUAAGUCGGACAGCACAACAGGUUUUUCUAAGCACAAGAAAAGGUGCUUGGAUUUCCAAUCGUGUCUCUACUAAUGGCUAUCCAGGAGACAUUGCAAAGCUUUCUCGGUUUUUAAACUUACUUCAAAAAAUGUUGCCAAAAAGUUUAGGGAACUACAUGGCAGAAAAAGAAGUCAACAGGAGAUUCAAUCAUGGCAACUAUGGACUCCUACCUCGACACAGAUAUACUAGCCAACAGCUAACAGUCAAUGAUGACCUUCCAAAUCGCAUUGUGUCUGGAUAUGUUCAGGUCAGGUCGAAUGUCAAGGAAUUUACAGACACUGGUGUCAUCUUCGAAGAUGGGACAAAAGAGGAAAAUAUUGAUGCCGUCAUCUUCGCUACAGGAUACAGUUUUUCAUUCCCAUUUUGUGAAGAAACGGUCAUCACUGUUAAAGAGAACAAGGUUUCCUUAUACAAAUUUAUGUUUCCUUAUCAUUUGGAGAAGCCCACGCUCGCAGUAGUCGGACUCAUUCAGCCAACUGGUGCCAUCAUGCCAGUUUCUGAGCUUCAGUCCCGCCUGGCCUCCCGAGUUUUUAAAGGUUUGGUACAACUACCCGAUAAAUUAAACAUGACCAGAGAUAUAAUAAUGAAAUCGUUCAAAAUGUCUGAACGCUACGUGAAGAGCCAGCGUCAUACUAUACAAGUGGAUUAUUUGGAGUAUAUGGAUGAACUGGCUAUGCUUGCUGGUGUGAAGCCCAAUCUGUUCACAAUGUUCCUCACAGAUCCUCGGUUGGCUUUUCAUGUGUUUUUCGGACCUUGCACUCCUUACCAGUAUCGGCUUACGGGACCAGGGAAGUGGCACGGUGCCAGAGAGGCCAUCCUGACUCAGUGGAACCGCAUUAUAAAGCCAACUCGGACCAGAGUCCUUGAAAAUAAUACCGUAGAUAGGUCUGUUCCUCUGGCACUGAAAGUUGUUGCUGUUUUUAUUCUUUUGGCAGCAUUUUUCCUAUACUUUUAAAGGAGCAUUUCGGCUGCCAAGAAAAAUAGGGGAUCCUACAAUAAAGCAUGCCUGCCACACAGUAUUUAAUACAGCUGCGCAAGUUAACUAAAUAUAUUGGAGUGUUAUCCAGAAUAUACACCAAAUGUGAACAGGGUAAUAGUAAUGUAAUUCAAAUCCGAAUAGUUAUAGAAAGCACACAAAUAAAUCAAACAUUUACAUACAAAGUUUAAUUAUAUGUUUAUCCUAUAACAUAGUUUCUAAAUAAAAUGGUUUCCUUGUUGUAUAUAUGCUUACAAUAUUCUUUAGACCACUGCUCAUUCUG